AUGUGGUGGUCCUUGUAUGGCCGCGAGGCCCUCUUGGGCGUGUUACAGCCUGCACGACGGCCCAACCCAAACCGCCCCGAGGUCCUCGCUCGAGCUCUGGAACCACAACGUGUGGAGCACCGAAGACCGCUGACACUCGGCAUGGAGCACGCUGCCACGACCCUGUCAUGCUCCCAUCACAGCGGACGCACAGCGCCGAUACUGGACAGCGCGUGCGCGCGUCCCAACUCUAGACCAUCGGCCAUCCUUGCUGGUCGCACGCACUGGUGCGCCGGCGGUGGUGUGGAGGAUGCCGUCUCGUCUGCAGAUACAGGCACGGCCAUGGCCUACCAGAGAGAGCGCUCUCGCUGCAUCCCCUGA